GGAAGAGUUUCCAGAGUCUGGAGCAGCUGUCUGCAGACAUGAGUCUCUCUCAGAUGUCUCUUGACCCGUCCCACACUCUGAGUCUGGAGGCCAGGCCCCCCGGCACACUGUGGCCCCACCAAGGUAAAGAGGAAACCCCGUCUCUAAGAGGUCUGUGCGGCUCCCUGACGUCGGUUGCGAGCUACAAGUCUCUGGCCAGCCUGAAGUCCAGCGAGUGUUUGGCCAGUCCUGCGACGGAGAUCAGCAGCCCGGGCUUCACUCCGUCAUAAUGAAUGGAGAGAUAAACACAAACACAUCUCCAGACAAUCCAGGAACUCUCUUCAUUUAGGUCAUGUAGAUUUGUAGACAUUUAUUUUCUGUAAGUGGAGCCAAGCGCUUUAAUAGAAAUAAAUCAGGUUUACAAGUGGAGAAUCUGGUGUAGCAUGUUCUCUGAAUUGUGUUAAAAAUGAAGUGCAGUUCAGUCGGACUCAUGAAAGUCUUUAAUAUUAACGUAAUAUCCAGCGGAAAUACCCUCUGACUCUUAUUAGAGGAUCUGCUGCCGUUACUUCAUCGAUCUGUGUUUGAAUUAUUAAGUUUAGUUUCUUUUUUUGUGGAACUUCAGUUUUUGUUUCCCUUUUUUAAAGGAAAUAAAUGAAAACAAUAGCAGAUGAUGUAAGAAUUGAAAGGUUUGCCGGAGUCACAGCAUGCAUAUUCAGUAUGAAAAUACUGAAUAUAGAUAAGAAAAUACUGAAAGCCUCAGUCAAUGUUGGCACUAUGAAACAUUUCCUGCAGUUAAAAGGGUAUUUUAUGUUCUGCUCCAGCUGUUUAUUUAAUAGUUUUUUUGGGCAAGUAAUCUCUUUGAUUUACAAUGUAUGUACUCUCACUUUUGUCAGAUUACAAUUUCAAAGUGUUGCUCUAUGCUGUCUCACAUUUCACGUCAGGUGUAAAUACUUUUAUUUUA